UCGUAUCCAGCGCAUUCUGCUUCCUACGUUCCCCCCUCACCCGUUCUGAUUCGUCGCAUCUGGCCUGGGAGCGGCGUCAUUCACCUGCCUGGGAACGCGGCUACAGCCCCAGCCUCGCGGUCUGCCCGACCCCAGCUCCUGCUCAUCCCCAGUGCUUAGGCCGCAAACGGUGGCCGAAUGGCGACGGCAACGACCCUCCAUCCCAUGCGAUACGACAACGGGCCCUCCGUCUUUGCCGAAUCCCCCGUAGCCAUGCCCACGAACCUCCAAAGCCCGCUCGACCUUUACCCCCGCCGAUUCUCGUCCAGCGCUGCAGGCCCCGCCAACGACGGCCGUCCAUCGCACGGGCCUGAGUACGACGGCGACCACCCGGAACCCCAGGCGGACGUAGAGGGCGCCAACGCGCCGCGACGAAGCCGGACUAGCGGGUCUCCAUUGACUUCCCCCGCCUUCGACGAGCCGCCUGCCCAGCAAGCCCCCCGCAAUCCCGCCCACGAAUCCCCUGCCAAUUACGACGCAGAUCACGCUAACGGCGCAGAACCUCGGCCAUCUUCCCAAGACGACAAGGUGCUGUCUUACGUCUUCCCUGCGGGAUCGGCGCGGUACGGCGGUCAACUCUCACCCCCGGCCACGACACCGGGCAUUGUAUCGCCCGAGUCUGCUCACGAACCCUCAUACCUCGGCGAGAACGCGCACAACGGGUCCCAACCCCAGUCUGUCUCACCUGGCCAGGGCAGCCAGUCCUUCCGCGACAGUUUGAUUCCCUACGUCCCCUCUUCCCCACGACACCCAGCCCUACCCGUAAUGAGUAGUGCCUUCCACGAGGCCCGGUCUCCCAUCACGCCGAUGUCCGCGUCCCCGACGUACGCCCCCUCGGGCCCCAUGCCGGUCAACAUCGUCCCCAAGCCGAAAGUGUACCCCCAACAACCGACUUACGUUACCCCCGCUGCGUCCCCGAAUCCCAUCAACCCUGUCUAUUCCCCCAGCCCGCUCCCGAUCCAGGAAGAAGUCUGCGUGGAAUGUGCGAUGCGCGAUCAGGACAUGGCCGACGUGGACGUCACGAGUCCUGGUGUUUGGGAACGCGAGAGCGACGUGCACUUUCAUGAGCUUUUACGACAGGAAGAGGAAGAAGAGGCGGCAGGCAUUGUAUCGGAUGAUCCCGAACGACCGAAGGCGCGAGGUGAUCCCUUGAUCACACCCAAUCUGAAAGCCUGGUUGGCUAUGAACCCGAAAGAACCAACGUCUCGGCAGCAGACGCUCAACCAAUACGUCAAAUCGCAGCGAGCGCUCCUCGAGGCUGAAGCCUUGGCGCACGCUCGCGCUAUGCAAGAAUCCCGGCAAAUCGACAACAAGAUGCGCGAUGCGUACUCUCAGUUGCGGCGUUCGGCGUACGACAUCGGGUCGAGCGCUGCACCCGCCGAUGACAUCGGCGGCGUCCGCAUCAAAGCGCCACGGUCGACAUCGAUGCCUUCCGUCGCCCAACACGCGUACAGCAACUCUCGCGAGGUGACGUUGCUCGAGAACGGUAUGAUUGUGGAGCACGUCGAUGUGCGAAAGGAGGAGAAGGAGGAGCGUGAACGACGGCGGAAAGAGGAGCGCAGGGAGAAGAGCCGUGCGAGAAAGUCGUCGCGGGGCUCAGGCGCGGACGUCUUGUCAGUAUAUUCGGCGCAUAGUCCCCUCCCAAUGACCGACAACGGCUUCCACUCGGGUGUCAAGCCGGACUCGCGCUUCUCUCAAGCGAGCUCUGGCCGACCCGCCAGCGUCCUGACUGCUCCUUUGGACCGCUCCGGACUACCACGGGCGUACUCGCAGGCGUCGUUCUCGGAUGUUCAAAGUAUAGGACCGGCGUCGCCCCGACGCUCGCGCUUCUUGGGCACCCUGAGUCCUUGGCGCAGCCGGGAUAGUUUGGCCGUUUCCGGCAUAUCGGGGAGUAUGGUAGACAUGCAUGUCGCACUACAACGGGAAGAGCAGAGGCUCGGCCACGUGGGUGAGAUGUCCAUGGAUAUGGGCGUCCUUCCCGACGGCGCUCGGGAGAAGGGGCGUUAUCCUGCCUACGAUGCCGAACGCGCUGCCUCUAUGGCAAAAGAGGCCGAGAAGCAGGCAAAGAAGAAGAAAGGCCUUGCCAAGUUCUGGCGUAUCGUGACGGGCUCGUAUAAGAGCAAGCCCAGUCCAAACCAGGCUCGGUCGCUGGAAAAACCGGAAGACGAUCUACCUCUCGCGCCUCCCCCACCCUUGUCGUACCUCGUCGACAGAGGGUCCGGUGAUCACCGGCAUGUGUCAUCCAUGCCUUCACUGCCUUCGACCUCCACCGCUAAUUAUUCCGUUGCAUCCCCGGCCAUGACGCUUUCGCCCGCCACCGCACCCUCCAGUCUCGUCCCGUCUCCCGUCUCCUCGCGCAAAUCGGCGGGUGAACACCUGCACAGCGAUGGGGAGGGUAAUGGGUUGAGUGACCAGGAUUCGACCCCAGGCGAAGAUCGGUCGCGCGCAGCUCCAGCUGCCGGGACAUCCCAGGAAGUCGGCGGUCGAGGACGGAUCUCGCCGAACUCACGGCGCGAGGUACUCUCGAGCCUGGACAUCCCGCUUUAUGCGAACGCCGCACGCCCGGGGUCUAUGAUCAGACGCGACAAAUCCCUGCCUCCUCUCCCCCCGGAAGCGCGCUCUCGCCACCCCACGUCCCUCGGCGGAGAUAUGCGGCCUACGACCGUGUUCACGUACGACCCCCGGCAGGCGCCCUUCGAAGGCAGUUCUACCGUUCACGAACUGGCUCAGCCGCAGGCCCCCUUCCGAACGGCCGAGACGCGGCGGCAGUCAUUCGGCGGAAUGGCCACCCGACCGCAGAUGGCCCAAACGCUCCCCGCGACGCGCGCCCCGUCCGCCGCGAGGCCGGAGGCGUACGACGAGUUUGGCAGUGCGGCUGCAUUCAACCAGGCGAACGGCUCCGCCUUCUCUCUGCGAACACCGAAGAAACGCCGGAGCAAGUUUGGGCUAGUCAGUUUCCUAGGGAAGAAGUCCGUAGGACACGAACCUGAGCCCGCUCCCGUUCCCGAGUUCCCGCUUAUCCGGUCCUCGAGCUCGGACGCGCGACACGAGGGGAUGAUCAACGCUGGCUACGCCGGUGCGGCGUCCCCCGUGAGCAUCCCACGCAUGUCGGUCACCUCGCGGAAAGCGCUUGAGGACCUCGUUGACCAGGAUCGGGAGUUCGUGGCCUAUCGCUACCCCUCCGACGGCCAAGAGGUGGAACUGCUCCGGUGAUCGUGACGGCGUUGCAGUCUCUCCAUCACGCAAAGUACACCUAUAAUCUCAUAAUCGCUACACGAUCUCGCACUCGUUUGCUUGCCCCCACUGUUCUAUAGACAUACGUUCCCUCCCCCCUGUUCCUCUGCUCGCUCUUCGGGACCGUCUGCUUUCCUGUUCAAUCUUCUGGUUACGCACCUCUCUGUUAUAUCGGACUUACCUCAUCG